AAAUAAACACAGCACCAGUUCCGCUAGCAUCCACUAGCCUGAAAGGACCAUCAACUAAAUGGCAGGAAUUGAAUUGCCAGUACAUCAACAUUUAUUUGAAAUCACUGGCUUUCUUAGCUCUAAAUAGUUUUCUAGGUUUGCAAAACUUGCUGUUGCAGAUGGUUUGGUAUCAUGCUAUAUUGCGUCGUUAGUGUGAUUUGGGGUUUGGGCAUCUCCGGCUGCAUAGCAUCAAGUGGUGUGCGAGAGCGGAGCAUAAUUAAUCAGCAAACUUCCAACCUGGCAACCUUCUCCUUCAAAUCACUUCCAUCAGCGGGUAUGAUACUUGUGGAAUUUUGAUCCAAUUGGACAUCAUACAAGCCAUUUAGGUUAAUCGAAACGGCACUUAAUAUUUCUGAAAACGUUUGAGAAAAAAAUUAACUUUCCCCGACCGUUAGCCUAUGCAUGAUGAAGAUUGGGGAAAGGAAUCAAAUUGCAGAUAUUUAGGCGCCCCGAAGUCAAACUAACAAUUAUAGCCUGUCAUCGAAUGGGAAUAAAGCAGUGAAAAUGGCAACUGUUGCUUUUGAGGGAACUUCGCUCAUGAACAUGUUUGUACAAAACUGUUGGGUUGUUGGCACACAGCGAAUCAUCAGUCACCGCGGAGAGGAAGAAUUCAUUGAAGUCCGGACCGAAUUGUCGGACAGGAGCGUUCUCUAUUUGCACAGAACGGACCGCGAUCUUGGAAGCCUUCUAAAGAGACUCAUGGAUGCUUUCCCAGAGGAUAUAGCAACUCCUACACGGUCAGCGCUCCUAGAUGGACUUGUGCGAAUAAGAGAUGCUGCAGAGGCCAAUGAUAUUGAGAUUCGAUUGCAGGAGGUGGAAAAACUACUCAGGAGGGUCUUCACCUUGCCAAUUAAGUAUUCACGGUCAGAAGCAGUGCUUACGUUCUUUGAGCAAUCUCCGCUGGACCUGAUGAUAAGAGAAAACAACAUCAACAAUAUGGAGCCAUACUACCAGAGUCCAGUAACAAUAUCAGAUAUCAUGAGGUGCAAUGGAUUUUGUCUGGCUAACACAGAGACCAUUUUCUAUGACUACAGUGCACCACAGGAUAGACACAGAGCCCUGUCAGUGUCCACAUGUACAGAGUCUGCAGGUUUUGGGUACGAUACCCAAUCUGGGUUUAAGGAGACCCUGGACCUCGUUGAGACAGCAUCAACGGCUGGUAGCGCCGAAGACCAAGAAACGUCUUUCCCUAAUCUGACGUACUACCAACUACUGACCUACGAGACUGAUAUUCUGGAAUGAACGACAGUGGUGGACAUAUUGUUUGAGUCUGUAUGGUUCUCACUUGUUUACCUACACUUUCACUGGUUCCUGUCCAAAUGAUGUAGGUUACAGACAGGGUUGGGGAGUAACUGAUUACAGUAGUCUGUUAUGUGUAAUCUGAUUACCCCCCCCCUAAAAAACUGUACCUGUAACAAGUUACGUUACCAGCAAAAAUAUUGAAAUCGGAUUACAGAUACUUUUGGAAAAACUAGAUGAUUACUUAGUUGGAUUACUUUUAAAUUCAGAAAUUAUGUUUGAAAAAAAUACAUUAUGAUACCUUUCUGUUUUCUCAAUGACAUUCAAUUCAGCAUAAAAAAAGAUGCAAGUAUAAGUUUGUUCCACCUGAGUGAGUUUGACCACAAGACCACUAUGACGACUCACCAAAUGUGUUUGAAUCCAUUUUGUCUUCUAAUGCCUCUUGAGGAAAGUAACUAAAAGUAAUCAGAUUACAUUAAUGAGUUUGGGUAAUCCAAAGGUUACGUUACUGAUAACAAUUUUGGACAGGUACAAUACUUUUGGCCAUAUAGUGUAACUAGUAACUGUAACAGAUUACAUUUAGAAAGUAACCUACCCAACUCCUGGUUACAGACUGAUGCUGCUAGACUCACUGGUCCGGUCUAAAUUAUGUAGGUUACAAACUGUUGCUGCUAGAUUCAAAUGAUUUCACAUUUGUGCCACGAAGAUAGAGUUAAAAAAUACUUGUUCUCCAAACUGAUUAACCAAUAUACUGACUUGCCUAGUUUAAAUAAAGGUUAAAUAAAAUAAAUCAAUAUAUUGCAUUGUAA